CCAUUCGCAUAGGGAGUCCGCUCGGUCGGGCUGUUCAAAAACGUCGAUAUGUUUAUGUUAAGUAAAAUGGUACUGUUUACAUAGCUUUUAUUCAUUUCUUACAUUUAGCAUUUUGAUGAAGUGUUCCUCAGAUUGUCAGAACCAUGUUUUGGCAAAAGAGCUUCUUCUUUGAGCGACUCAAACUUCUGAGGUGCGGUUUGCAGAGCCGAUGGAGGAGCAGGAGCUCAGGGGCCCAGGAGGGGGCGCUGCGGUACAGAGAGGGACAGCAGGUCCACGGCUUCACGGUGACACAGGUGACACCUGUAUCUGACCUCUUCCUCACGGCUGUGAAGCUAACCCACGACAGCACUGGAGCUCAGCACCUCCACCUGGCCCGAGAUGAUUCCAACAACCUCUUCAGUGUUCAGUUCCGGACCACCCCAAUGGACAGCACUGGCGUGCCUCACAUCCUGGAGCACACAGUACUGUGUGGUUCCAAGAAGUACCCCUGCAGGGACCCUUUCUUCAACAUGCUGAACCGGUCCCUUUCAACCUUCAUGAAUGCCUUCACAGCAAGCGAUUACACAAUGUACCCGUUCUCCACACAGAAUGCAAAGGACUUUCAAAAUCUCCUCUCAGUAUAUUUGGAUGCUGUGUUUUUCCCAUGCCUGCGAGAGCUGGACUUUCGGCAGGAAGGGUGGCGGCUGGAGAACGAGAACCCCACUGACCCAAAUUCCCCACUUGUCUUUAAAGGCGUUGUCUUCAAUGAGAUGAAGGGAGCCUUUUGUGAUAGUGAGAGCAUGUACGCCCAGCGCCUCCAAAACCUGUUGUAUCCGGACCACACAUACGCCGUAGUGUCAGGCGGAGAGCCACUGACCAUCCUGGACCUCACCUGGGAUCAGCUGAAACAGUUCCACGCUACGCAUUACCACCCGAGCAAUGCACGGUUCUUUACCUAUGGAGAUCUGCCUCUGGAGCAGCACCUGAAACAAAUUCAUGAGAACGCUCUCUCCAGGUUUGAGCGCAUAGAGCCUAACACAGCAGUGCCCUUGCAGCCCAACUGGGACAAGCCUAGGGAGUACCAUAUGACCUGUGCACCGGACGCUUUGGCUCAUGACCCCCACAGACAGAACACACUGUGUAUAGCAUACCUUCUAGGAGACAUCACAGAUACCUUUGAGGUGUUCACACUUAGUCUGCUAUCCUCGCUGAUGGUGUCUGGGCCCAACUCUCCAUUCUACAAGGCCCUGAUUGAGCCUAAAAUUGGCACAGACUUCUCCUCUGUGGUGGGAUAUAGCAGAAACACCAGACAGGCCUCCUUCACUGUGGGCCUGCAGGGGGUGGCUGAAGCCGACCUGGAGAAAGUAAAGAGGAUCAUCUGCCAGACUGUGGAUGACAUUGUUGCCAAUGGCUUUGAGGAAGAGAGGAUCGAAGCCCAGCUGCACAAAAUUGAAAUUCAGAUGAAACACCAGUCCACCAGUUUUGGGCUUACCCUGGCCUGUUACAUCGCACCCUGCUGGAAUCAUGAUGGAGACCCAGUAAAACUCCUCCAGAUCAGUGAGAGCGUGGCUGAGUUCAGGCGCUGCCUCAGAGACCACCCAUACUUCCUCCAAGACAAAGUGAAGCAGUACUUUAAGGAGAACAUCCACAGAUUGACUCUGUCCAUGAGCCCAGACCAGUUCUACUUCAAGAAAAAGGCAGAGGAAGAGGAGGCUAAACUCCAGCAGAAAGUGGCAGUGUUGUCCAAACAGGACAAGAAGGACAUCUAUGAGAAAGGUUUACAACUGCUCUCUGCUCAGAGCCAACCACAAGAUACCUCAUGCCUUCCUGCCCUCAAGGUUUCUGACAUUGAUCCCACAGUUCCAGCCACACCUGUACAGAUGGGUCAUGCUGGCGGGGUUCCAGUUCAGUAUUGUGAACAGCCCACCAAUGGUUUGGUGUACUUUAGGGCUAUGUGCAGCUUGAACACCCUUCCUGAGGACCUGAAACCAUAUGUCCCACUGUUCUGCAGUGUCAUCACCAGGUUGGGGAGUGGAGCCCUGGAUUAUCGGCAGCAGGCCCUGCUGAUGGAGCUGAAGACUGGAGGCUUGUUCAUCACCCCACAGGUGAUCCCAGAUUCUGAUGACCUGGACACGUACGAGCAGGGAAUCCUUCUCACCUCUUCAUGUUUGGAGAGAAACCUUCCAGACAUGUUUCAUCUGUGGAGUGGCAUAUUCAACAACCCCCACUUUGACGACAACGAGCGCUUGCGCACAUUGCUCACGAUGGAUGCUCAGGAGCUAUCCAAUGGGAUCCCAAAUUCUGGAGAUGUCUACGCCAUGACAAGGGCAGCACGCUCCUUGAGCCCGGCAGGGGAGUUAAUGGAGGCAUUCUGUGGGAUGGAACAGGUUGCAUUCAUGAAGCGGAUUGCAGAGCAGUCAGAUCUCACAGACAUCCUGCGGAAACUUCCUCGUAUCAAGAGGCACCUUUUGAGCCAGGACAGCAUGAGGUGCGCUAUUAAUGCUGCACCUCAGAAUGUACCAGGGGCUUCGCUUGAGCUGGAGAAGUUUGUGAAAAGCAUUACUACAAGAAAAAAGGAGCUCAAACCCGUUCGACGCAACAUCAUUGAGAAGCCAUUGAACCCACUGGUGCCAACUGGGUCAAAGAGAAACCGAAAGCUCAUUUCUGAGCCAAACUUCAAGCCCUGCCAGAUGAAGACUUAUUUCCAGAUGCCCUUCCCGGUGUACUAUGUGGGCCAGUGUGUGCGCACAGUGCCCUACUCUCAUCAGGACCAUGCUAGCCUUUGCGUGCUGGCCCAGAUGAUGACAGCCAAAUUCCUGCACAAGGAGAUCAGGGAAAAGGGUGGGGCAUACGGCGGUGGUGCCAAAAUGGACCAUAGUGGUCUGUUCUCCUUCUAUUCCUAUAGGGAUCCAAACUCAAUGCAGACGCUGAACGUGUUCCGAAGGGCUGUCGAUUGGGCCAAAGCAGGCCAGUUCAGUCAGCAGGACAUUGACGAGGCCAAGCUGUCUGUCUUUGCAGCCAUUGAUGCCCCAGUUGCACCUUCAGACAAAGGCAUGACCCGGUUCCUGAGUGGAAUCUCAGACGAGCUGAAACAGCAGCACAGGGAACAACUCUUUGCCGUCUCACACGAGGCUCUGACUGUUGUUUCUGCCAGCUACCUGGGCCUCGGCCAGAGGACCUGUGGAGUGGCCAUUAUUGGACCAGAAAAUGAAGGCAUCAGAAAAGAUCCCUCCUGGGUUGUUAAGUAAUCAGCUCAUGUCCACUUCCAGUCAACUUGUACACUUUCAGAGUGACUAUCAAUAAUUGUAGAAAGCCGUUAUAUAAAACACUGAACUCAUACUUUUGAGAAGUAUUUGCAUGGAUAUAUUUAUCAUUUAUACUGAGUAUCGGAACCAAUGUUACAGACGAUAUUAAUGCGCACAAUAAAAUUAAUGCUGUUUCAAACUACUGCUAAGCUGAUCAGUUGUUUGAUUUCCCCCCCCCAAAAGAACUGGUAUGUAUGAUGAUGUUGAAAAAUAUUUAAUGAAUGAGGUCUUCGUUCUUUUGUGUGUUGUUCAGAAAUCUGCAUUUUAAAUUAAUUACCCAAGUUAAUUCUGAAU